CUCGUAGACCACACAACCAGGAAUAAGGAAGAAGUCAAGUCUUAGGGCCAAGAUCUGUACCUGAAAAGAUACGUCGACGACCCAGCCGACCGUGGCAAGAUCUGAAGAAUUCAGGAAGUCCUCUUGUUUAUCUGGUUGGACCACUUCGCUCUGCCGGAAGUGAAUGGUCGCGUCCAAAGGUGACAGCGGCACACCAUAUCCGUUUAGCUUCGUUCUCCACAACUACUGAUACAAAAAAUGAUAUCUACGAGACAGUAGAUCGGAUCAAAAGCCUGUGAUGGAGGAUACCAUAUGAGGAAUACCUGCAGAAAGUUCAGAUGGCAUCUGUCGGUGACGAUGCUGAUGGUGUCCCUUACGGUUGUCUGGUAUUGUUAUGAUGACUUAGCUACAGGAGGAUUUCAUCAUAAACAACGACAGAAACUGGACUGGCAAGCCGAAAUAAUCAACCCACACCCAUAUCGGUUCACUGUGGCUCAUCAGGAGAAGUGUGAACAUGGCGGAAGUGACGUAUUUGUCGUCAUCAUUGUGCACACUGCACACGGUCACGUGACCCACCGACAGGCGAUCCGUGCAACAUGGGGGAACCAGUCAAAUAUACCUGGGGUCGAGAUCAGGACAUUGUUUGCCCUGGGAACGACAGAUAACCAAGACCUACAACGGGCCAUAGAAAAAGAAGAUGCCAUGCAUGAAGACAUAAUUCAAGAAAAUUUUAAAGAUUCUUACAAAAAUCUUACCCUUAAGACUGUAAUGACCUUAAAGUGGUUCUUGUAUUUUUGUCCCAAGGCGGGCUACCUCAUGAAAACAGAUGACGACACUUACGUAAACGUCUUAAACUUGGUGAAGACGUUAAGAAUGUUGAAAGACAAGACUGGACUGGUGACAGGUUUUGUCCUCAAAGGUUCACAGCCAAGGCGUGACGUCAUGAGUAAAUGGUACGUUUCGGUUGAAGACUUUCCGAAGGAGACAUUCCCAUGGUACACCGCGGGAGGGACAGGGUACGUCAUGUCUUCAGAUGUGGUACCACUUCUGUACCAGAUGUCACUUCGUACCAAGCCCCUCCCCUUAGAAGACGUGUAUAUUGGGAUGUGCCUAGAAACACUCGGAAUCACCCCCAAGCAGAAUAAACAGUUCCACUGUUGCGAUAAGCUGACCUAUGACCCGUGUGUGUACAAGAACCUGAUUACGUCACACGGCAUAACGGUUAGUGAGAUGUAUGCCAUUUGGGAAGGCGAGCAGGACUUAAAAAAGAAGUGUGGGUUCUAUCAUGAUUGGAUAGUUCCAGCUCUCAACUCAUUGCUCUAUGCUUAGAUACAAUCAGUACAAUGAUACGUGAAAUGGAAUUUUAUUCAAAUGUUUAAUUAAAUGGUAUUGGACAAAAAUGACGUAAAGAUUAAAAUUUUCUAACAUUACAUGUUACCAUAACAUUAUUCCUUAAUAACAUAGGCUUUCGUACAGAUUUCACACACUACAUGUUUUCUACUUGUAUAAACC